AUUUUUCAUUCACUUAACAUAUAACUUGAAAAAUUUUAAUUAUUAAAUAAAAUAGCUUUGUCUUGAACUUGAGUAAAAAUAGAACAUUACCAAAAAAAGUGAAAAGGCCGCGACGCAAAGGUCACACGAUGGGUCCACAGUGAGGGGGUGGAGAAGGCAACAACUCAUAAAAUUAAGCGAUUUGGAUGUGAGUUAGUCUAACUGUGAGGAUCGCCGCGUUAACAACUAUAGCUUGCUGUCCUCCUCGCACACCAUCGCACCCACACAGCGGAUUAAGCUUUAGCAUCAGGCCGUCAGUACAACUCCACUUGUACUGCGAACAAGUUCCGUUCCUCGCAUUCGUUGCUCCAUCGGAAUCGCGCGUCUUUUGUUCGCGCCAUUAUGCGAUAAUUCGCUUCGGAAGUGUUUAAUACGCAUUCUAAAUUUAAACGAGACAUUUUAUAUUUUUUUGGUGAUAUUUUUUUUUUAUUUGUUUAGUGUUGUUCAAGUGAUCAGCCGGAUAUAAACUCGAUUUGGGAAGCAUCUGAAACCCGUGGGACUUCAAAGCCGCAGCCGACAUCAAACAAACUCUCCAACAUCAAUCCCGAGUGGCUAUUAAAUGCUAAUUCAAUCAUAAAAACAAACAUGACACACUAUUUCCGUACAAAACGUGAUUGAAUUUUACACAUGAGCGCGGAACAGGGGCAGGAUUCUGAGACAGAUAUGCAAACUGUAGUCUCCAAUUACGUGACACCCAAUUUGAUAGACCAAGCCGAUAGUGGACUUAUUGAUAAUUUCCAGAAUGAUAAUUCAUUUGAUUAUCAAUUUAGAGAAGAUAGUACUGAUGAAAAAAUAAAUGUGGACGAGGAAGAUAAGGAGGAAGAAUUGGUUAUAGCUGAUGACGUCAAUGAAAGACGUCAUCAAGAAGAUGAAGAGAAGCAAGAAUCUCAAAAUGGUGAUACCACACAACAGAACGCACAAGAUGAACGUGAAGAAGCGGAGGUUGGGAGAAAGGAAGAGUAUAGAAAAGAGGAAAUAUAUGAGCCGUCAUGGCAUCCACAUGUUUACGGAAAGCCGCCGAAGAAGCCAACGCCGCAUACAAUAGAAUAUAUCCUAGGAUUAUCGAGUACAACAGAGAGGAAUGAACCUAAGAGAUCGACGGUCAGUCAACUGAUGAGCGUGAAGCGGAAUUUUGAAGUGAAAAAGCCUUAUUUCGAGAAGAGUAUUCAAGUACAAACAGAUGAUAAGAAGUUUAGUAUAAGUGCACAUAAAAAUAAGCUGCAGGAACAGUUGUUGCAGCGUGGAGUGAGGACUAGUGACUGUGAAGUGGAGAAAGUGCCGUAUUUAAAAUGUGAGGAGCAGCCGCUGAAUUUGUCGGUGCCAAAAUCUAAGGACUGGGCUGCAGAUGAUGAAAAGAAAGAUCCAUCUAAGUUAAUCAAGAGGAAGAAAUCGACUGAAGACGUGAGAUCGCCUUUAGGAGGGGAAGGUUCCCUUACUAGCGAAGAGGGAGAGGAAAGUGGGGUAGGGAGAAGAAAGAAAGCUAGGACCACGUUCACUGGCAGACAGAUCUUCGAGCUGGAGAAGCUGUUUGAGGUGAAGAAGUAUCUUUCAUCCGGCGAGAGAGCUGAUAUGGCCAAACUGCUGAAUGUUACGGAGACUCAGGUAAAAAUAUGGUUUCAAAACAGAAGAACGAAAUGGAAGAAAAAAGACAACAUAUCGAACGCAGAAGUAGCAGAACUGAAGCAUCAAACCAAAUCCGUAGAGGAGAAGAAAGAAGACGUGAAAGAAGAUCCUCUAGCACUAGACAUGUCUAAGAAGAAUUGUAACAAAAUUUUAAGCGAAAAACUUAGAAGUACAAAACCUGUUUUAACUCAAAAUUUGACUCAAAAACCUAGGAAAGUAGAAAAGGGGGUAGUUUUAGAAGCUAUUUGCGACGCUAACGAUAUAGAGAGUAGGAUUUCAAUUACUAAAAUAACUAAUAAACUUUCAAAUGCAGAUUUGUCGGGGGAAGCGGGGAAGGUUUCUGUGAAAAGCUUCAGUCCUGAAGAAGUGAAAGAAAUGAAGUUUGAUAAUCUUAGUAGAGAUGUUGAAAUGUGAGAGGUUAAUUAGGUUAUGGGCCGGUGACGCAUGAUCUCAGUUGCUUGAAAAUUUUCGAUAUCGUUUCGAUUAACAUUAUUUAUUUGUUUUGAGGUUUUGUUUGUCUCAAAAGUAAUUGGUAUUUGAUUUAUGGAUGAGAAAGCAAAGUGGAAAAAAUGGUUAGUAGUUAUACUACUCUGUCAAGAAAGUAGCAGGAAAAGAUCAAUAAUACACAAACUGUUUGUUAUUCAUCCAAAUUUAUUUUAUCACCUUCAAAAUAUGCUCCUUUAGAAACGAUACACUUACGCCAACGAAUAAUCCAAUCAUCAAAACAUUUUUUAAACGCUGUUUCCGGAAUUGAGGUCAGUUCUCGCCGCGAAUUCUCUUUUAUGUCUUCUACCGAUUGAAAACGGGUGCCACGAAGUGGUAAUUUGAGUUUAGGAAAAAGAAAAAAGUCGGCUGGAGCCAUAUCUGGUGAAUAUGGUGGUUGCUCGAUGGUAUUUGUUGAGUGUUUGGUUAAAAAUUCGUUCACAAUGAUGGCCUUGUGCGAAGGUGCAUUAUCAUGGUGCAAAAUCCAAGAAUUUUCUUUCCACAAAUCUGGCCUUUUUCGUCGGAUUUGCUCUCUUAAACGCCGCAUAACACUCAAAUAAUAUUCCUUAUUUACCGUUUGACCUUCCGGCAAGAAUUCCGAGGGCACAACACCGCGAUAGUCAAAGAAAACAGUUAACAUGACUUUGACUUUUGAACGACUUUGGCGUGGUUUUUUCGGUUUCGGUUCAGUUGGAAGGCGCCACUCCGAAGCUUGUUGACUAGUUUGCAUGUCAAACUCGUAAACCCACGUCUCGUCACCAGUAACAAUGCGUUUCAUGAAUGUUGGGUCGGAAUUGACUCGUUCUAGCAUGUCCUCAGCGACUCUCAUGCGAUUGAGGUUUUGAAAAAAAUUCAGGUCUUUUGGGACUAGCCGAGCGGCAACAUGUUUCAUACCCAAAUUAUUAGUUCAAAUGGUACGGAUCGACUCGUGAGAUACAGAAAGUUCGGUGGCUAUCUCUCUCAAAGUUGAAUGAGGAUUUUCAGUCACUAUUUCCUUCACUUUUGCGAUGUUAACUUCAGUUGCAGACGUUGAUGGCCUACCAGAGCGAGGCAAAUCUUCCAUCACAUCUCGACCGCUUUUGAACGCUUUGUACCACUCAUAAGCACGAGUUUUUGAUAAAGUCGAUUCACCGUAAGCCUUCUGUAACAUUUUCAGUGACUCCGAACACGAUAUUCCAUUGGCAAUGCAAAAUUUAAGACAAACUCUUUGUUCGAUGUUUUUAUCCAUUAUGAAAUUAGCAAUACACACUAGAUAUGAUAUAACUAAAAAUAGCACUGUAUUUAAUGUAAACAACAGAUGCAACUCAAACUCCGCGCCAAAAUGGACAACAGUUGUGCCAAUCUAACAACAACAAAAAAAACAAAAAUUUGAAUUUGGAACCAUAAAUAAAUAAUCCAUUCCCGAUACUUUUCUGACUGAAUGUAUAUUCCAGUAAUUUAGCUCUGCAAAAAGUACAAAUCAAAUAUAGAUUAAAAUAAUUAAACAAAUUGUUAGCGUCACUGGCUCAUUGUACAGUAAUAGAAUUAGACUCAGUAUUUAGAUUAUUUGUGUGGAUGUGUUUUGUACGAUUUCGCAAAUAUGCUUUUUUUUUUAGUAAAUUAGCCGCCCAUUUGUGUUCUAAAUCCACUAAUAUAAGGCCGUUUUUUGUAGAAAUAAUUUGGUGUUACAACAGUUUAUGAGGAGAACGCGAAAAGUCAAACAAAAUUAUGUUUAUAGUGUAAUAAUAAUCAAUAAAACUAUAGGUACGUAUGUUUAAAAUGUAGUGACUUUCUGUUUUCAAUAUAAUAAUUAUAUUAUUUUAAAAACAAUAUGAUGAAAAACUAAUACUUUUCUCUAAAAUUUCGUUUUUAAUUUGAUUGUAAAAUUCUUCUUAAAAAAAAUUACAUAUGUAAUUUUUACAUACGUACAUAUCAGUCUUACAUAAAUAACCGUCUUUAAUGCCUCAGAUCAUUUUUUACUUUCUGAAUAAUAUCGAAUAUUUUUAUGGUUUGCUUAUUGAUAAUGUGUUACAGUUUGUGCAAUAAUCGACUCUACUCUUAUAGAAAUAAGUACGUAUAUUGCUUUUAUGAAUCAUCCUAAGAAAUAGGCCUGAAUAGUAUUUUAUAGCUCAGUAUUUUAUUUAUAAUUUCUUAAUAUAGAAAUGUGUAUGUAAAGGUUUUUUUGUCUUACAAAAUUCUCCCAAAGUUAUAUUACAACAUAAUGUGAGAAUUCGAAAAUUUAUAUGAUAAAUUAAAUAGAUAUUUUGGAAGAAA